ACAAGUAGCCAAGUUUGAAUCCUCCCUCCUAAUAAAAUUAUUGGCAUGACCCCACCCGUCCUAAGAAAAGGGAAAAAACGUACAACAAUUGGAGUCCAAUAAUGAAGAUGAGAGUAAUUGAAUAGGAGACGGUGAAGAAAUCAAUCCAAUAAUGCAUAACAUCUACCAAUGUACAAUCCAUGUCAGUGGAAGGCGACCUCAAUUAAUACACACAGCUGUCUGCAACCAGAAAGCAAAACUCCAUCUCCGCAAAUAAUCUUGGUUCAUUCAUCUCCAUGCAUAUCCACUUCAUCAUGGAUAAUCAAAUUCCUUUUCCGAUUAUCUUCACCUUUCUUGUUUUCUUUUUUAUGCUGCUGAGAACAUGGAGCAGAUCACAAAAAGAGAGGUCGAAUUCUUCUGUUGCUCCUCCCUCCCCAUGGAAGCUACCACUGAUAGGAAACAUGCAUCAAAUGAUUGGCUCUCUGCCCCAUUGCCGCCUAAGAGAUUUAGCCAACAAAUAUGGACCUCUUAUGCACCUUCAGCUUGGUGAAUUGUCCACCAUUGUCGUUUCUUCUCCAGAAGUUGCCAAAGAUAUAAUGAAAACCCUUGACAUUACUUUUUCCAGUCGACCUUAUAUCCCUGCUGUAGAGAUUCUGUUCUAUAACUUUAAGAAUAUUGCAUUUGCACCAUAUGGAGAUUACUGGAGACAGAUGCGUAAAAUCUGCACAAUAGAGCUGUUGAGCGGAAAAAGGGUUCAAGCUACGCAGUCCAUCAGAGAGGAGAAGGUAUCGGAGUUCAUUAGUUCCAUUUCUUCAAAGGCCAGGUCAAAAAUCAACCUCAGUGAGAUGUUAAUUUGUUUAACAUAUGCAAUCACUUCAAAGGCGGUCAUUGGUAAAAGUGGCGAGACGCAUGGAGAAUUUGUACCACUUGUAAGAGAAAUAGCAGACGCCUUAGGAGGUUUCAGUUUGGCUAAUAUGUUCCCUUCCAUAAAAUUAUUGCAUAUGAUCAACGGGAUGAGAACUCGGCUUUUGAAGCUGCAUCAUGAACUUGAUAAGAUACUUGAAAACAUCAUCAAUGAACAUAAAGUUAAGAAGGCAACAAUUCAAUCUAGUGAAAAAUUUGCUGACGAUUUUGUAGAUGUUCUCUUGAAUCUUCAGGAAUGUGAAGACUUUCAGUUCCCCUUGACAGCAGACAGCAUCAAAGCAGUUAUACUGGACAUUUUGGCUGCAGGGAGUGGAACAUCAUCUACAAUUUCAGAAUGGGCUAUGUCGGAAUUGAUAAAGAUUCCAAGAAUUAUGGCAAAGGCUCAAGCAGAGGUGAGACAAAUCUUUGAUAGUAAAGGAUAUGUAGAUGAAGCUGGACUCAAAGAACUAAAAUUCUUGAAAUUAGUUAUCAAAGAAACUCUAAGGUUACACCCUCCUGGUCCGCUAGGACUUCCAAGACUUUGCAGAGAGAGAUGUCAAAUUCUUGGAUAUGAUAUACCCAUCAAUGCCCAAGUCAUUGUUAAUGUAUGGGCUAUUGGAAGGGAUCCGAAUUAUUGGAUUGAUGCUGAGAAGUUCUAUCCCGAGAGAUUUGUCAAUAGUUCCAUUGAUUAUAAGGGAAAUAACUUUGAAUUUAUCCCAUUUGGUGCUGGAAGGAGGAUGUGCCCUGGCGUGUCCUUUGGCAUAGCGAGCGUUGAGCUUACACUUGCAAAGUUACUUUACCAUUUCGACUGGAAGCUCCCUAACAACCUCAAACAAGAAGAACUGGACAUGACGGAGAGUUUUGCUGCUUCAGUUGGUAGAAAAAAUGAUUUGUAUGUAAUCCCCAUUCCUUACCAUGCUACAAUUGCUUAGUAAAAAACAUAAAGCUACACUUUCCUUAUGUAAGCAUUGAUUGUUUGGUUUA